GUUUUUUUAUUAGUUAAUAUGAAAGAUUUUAUUUGGUACGUUAUAAACAAAAGAUCAUUUCAUUAUGUAUUUAUUUAUGUUCAGUGUCCAAGUUAGGCUUGAUUUUCAUCGACAGAUCAAAAAUUUACUUCAAAGGGACUUAUAUCCCUUUCAUUUUAAACAACAUAAUAAACAUGAAUUGCGAAGAAAUCUGCACUUAAUUAAAAUAAGUAAUUUAAGUAAGCAAUAUUUGGAUAAUAUGGAAAACAAUAUUGUUUUACGGAAAGAUGUAAAUAACAUUCCUGCAAUUCGAACAUUGGUUAAAGAUAUAAGUCUUAGAAAUGAUCCACUUUUGUGUGAUAAGUUGGAAGCGGAACUUAAGAAAUUACCAAACUUAACCCAUGCGAGAUUAAUUCAGUAUGGAGAUAAGCCUUGUGAGUUGUUGCGCUAUUUUCCCAUGAUAUCGUCCUCUGGCUUGACUGAAUUUUCAGAAAUUUGUAAACGAUUAAAUUUAUUUCGAAUGGAACACUUGGGUAAUAUCACAGGUCAUAAAAGCUAUUACCUCAUUAGCUAUUUGGCCAUGCUGGAACAUGCAUUAAUUGAACACGCAAUUACUUUCCUUAGGAAAAAUGAUUUCAAGUUGGUGUCUGUACCUGAUAUUCUUCCUGCAUUUCUUAUUGAAGGCUGCGGAAUGCACACUGCGCCGGAGAGAACUCAAGUGUAUACUUUAAAACCAAAUAUGUGCCUGUCGGGUACAUCAGAAAUGGCAUUAGCUGGUAUAUUUCAGGAUCGAUUAUAUAAAAAAAAAGAGUUACCGAUUAAAGUGUGUGCCGUAAGUCGUUGCUUUAGAGCAGAAACAUCUGGUUCACAUGAGGAAAAGGGCAUAUACAGAGUUCAUCAAUUCAAUAAAGUCGAAAUGUUUGCAGUAUGUACAACUUCACAAUCUGAAGAAAUUAUAAACUAUUUUAAAAAUCUAGAAAUUUCUCUUUUUAAAAAUUUAAAUCUUACAUUUCGGUUGCUUGAUAUGCCACCACCAGAGUUGGGAGCUCCUGCAUACGAAAAAUAUGAUAUUGAAUCGUGGAUGUCGGGUCGAAAAAUAUGGGGUGAAAUAUCAAGUUGUAGUAACUGCACGGAUUACCAAUCAAAGCGAUUAAAUAUCACCUAUUUAUCUAGUAAUAAAACAAAAUUUGUACAUACUGUGAAUGGAACCGCUGCUGCAAUUCCCAGACUUCUUAUAUCUUUAAUUGAAUCAAAUCAGAUGAAAGCCAGUUCAAUAUCUGUGCCAAACGUUUUGCAAAAGUUUAUAAAACAAAGUGAUGUAAAAAAAGAAAAGAGAUUUCCCGAAUUAAAACUUGCUAAGCGUAUUAAGCAUUAGCAAUAACUUUCAAUUAUUUAUAUUUCAAUAAAUAAUUAUAACCUAUGUAUUAAUUUGCAGAUUAAUAAUGAG